ACGAGGAGUCUAAAAGAGGAACAGAGAAUCCGAACCCGGAUUCGGAUUCGGUUGCAUGAAGUUAAACGGAUUGCACUCCACCCUACACGUCCGUCGAUUCUUCAAUCAAACACCAAAAUCAUCCAAACACAUAACAUUCUCACUCCGAUUUACCCCUCAUUUGCAGAUAACCGAUGGAUUUGGUAAUGAGUUACAAGGAAAAACUGGCGCAUUUUCGGGUAAAAGAUCUUAAAGACAUUCUUACUCAACUCGGCCUUUCCAAACAAGGAAAGAAGCAGGAUCUUGCCGAUCGAAUAUUAACAAUUAUAUCCGAUGACAGAGUUUCCGGAAUGUGGGCUAAAAAAAGUGCCGUUAAGAAGGAAGAUGUUGCAAAACUAGUUGAUGACAUGCACAGAAAGUUGCAGGCUCUAGGGGGGGCUGCUGACUCGGUAUCAAAAAGUCAAAACGUUUCAAACGUCACAGUUGAUACAGCGGUCACGGAGGAAGUCGAAGAGACCGUUCAAAUAGAAAAAGUUCGUUGUCUCUGUGGAAGUACUUUACAAGCAGAUUCAAUGAUAAAGUGUGAAGAUAAAAAAUGCAACGUGCUGCAGCAUAUCGGUUGCGUUAGUAUACCCGAGAAGCCAAUGGACGGUAUUAUUCAUCCGACACGUCCCACAACUUUUUAUUGUGAACUAUGUCGGCUUGCGCACGCAGAUCCGUUUUGGGUAGCCUUGCAACAUCCUUUAUAUCCCGUGAAGUUGACUAUUGCAACCGUCCCUACAGAUGGUACAAGCCCAAUGCAGAAUGUUGUAAAGACUUUUCAACUUACAAAAGCCGACAUGAUUUUGUUGGCAAAAUCAGAUUUCGAUGUUCAGGCUUGGUGUAUGCUCCUAAAUGACAAGGUUUCUUUUAGAAUGCAAUGGCCACAAUAUGCAGACUUACAAGUCAACGGUAUGCCUGUGCGAGCGAUCAAUAGACCUGGCUCUCAACUUCUUGGAGCCAAUGGGCGUGACGACGGCCCCGUAAUCACGUCAUGCAUCCAUGUAGGAAGUAACAAAAUUUCAUUGACGGGCUAUGAUGCGCGCGUGUUUUGUUUCGGGGUCAGAAUCGUGAAAAGGCGCACCGUUCAACAGAUUCUUAACCUCAUUCCUCGAGAGAGCGACGGUGAGAAAUUUGAAGACGCUUUGGCACGUGUUUGUCGGUGCGUUGGUGGUGGGGCCGCUAAAGAAAAUGACGACAGUGACAGUGAUUUGGAAGUUGUUUCCGAUUCUAUACCAGUUAAUCUGCGGUGUCCUAUGAGCGGUUCAAGAAUGAAAAUUGCUGGAAGAUUCAAACCUUGCGUUCACAUGGGCUGCUUUGAUCUUGAAGUAUUUGUGCAAAUGAAUGAACGUUCUCGAAAGUGGCAAUGCCCUAUUUGUCUCAAGAACUACGCCUUGGAGGAUGUUAUUAUCGAUCCGUAUUUUACUCGUAUCACCGCCAAGAUGCGGAAUUGUGGAGAGGAUGUAACGGGAAUCGAGGUGAAACCGGACGGUUGUUGGCGUGUAAAGGCGGAACAACAUGACCUAAAAAGUUUAGGGCAGCUCGGGCAGUGGCAUCUACCCGAUGGUACUCUCUUUGUUCAAAUGGAAGUCGAGUCUAAACCUAAACCAGAAGCUUUAAAACCGGUUAAACAUGAAGGUGGUUCCGAAGGUUAUAAUACGGGUUUAAAACUCGGGUUAAAAAAAAAUAGUAACGGAAUUUGGGAAGUCAGCAAACACACAAAUUUACGUUUGCUUUCUUCCGAAAAAAUUGUGAGUAACGCGCAUGACACGAGUACUAAUGGUUUUCUUAUAAGCAGCCGUGACGGUAAUGGGCAUUUUGGUCAUUCCACCACCAAUGUUGCUGAUUCCGGUUCCGUUUCACCGAACAUGGAUCCAGGCUACGGGUUUCCUGACGACGUAAACCCGUCAGCUGCCAGUGGGGUUGAUGCUGAUGUCAUCGUCCUGAGUGAUUCCGAUGACGAGACCGAAAACCGAAUGUCAUCGGGACCCACUUUGAACCCAAAUGGUACAUUUUCUGAAGAUAUUGUUGGUGGAAGUUCGUGUUUAGGUCCGUUUAACAACGAUGAUGAUGAUUUCGGGGUACCAUUUUGGUCUUUACCUCCGACAAGUCAAGCGGGUCCUAGUUUUGAGUUUUUUCGUUCGGACGAGAAUGUGCAUCAUGGACUUGUGGGUCCCACUUCUAUGGAUACCUUCACAUUGACCGAUGAAAUCGGAUGGAAUGUUGCUGCACCAGCGGGUCCCGAUUCUUCACUUUACCAAUCCGUUCUUGACGUAGAUGGCGGGUUGGUUGAUAACCCGUUAGCUUUCGGACACAACGAUCCGUCACUUCAGCUGUUUCUUCCUACACCGCCUCCAGCAGCGGCAGAGCAGGUGGAGUCAACCAUCAACAGUGGGGUUAGUUGCGCCCCUGCCCCCUUGAACGGGUCAAACGUAAUUCAGCAACCACCGCCUAAAGAUAGCAACUUGGAUACGUCGGCAGAUACUGGAACGAAUGGCAAGACAAGAAGCAGGGAAAGAUCUGAUAACCCGUUUACGUUUCCCCGUCAAAAGCGUUCAAUGAGGCCAAGAUUGUAUCCGCCUAGAUAAUAUUUCGCGCUGUAGAAACGUCAUCGGAAGCCGGUUGGUAUCGACUUUUUUUUCGGCUGAUUUGGUACAAGAAACCCAUAUUUUGUGGUAUAGUAAGGCCUUAUGGGUAGCAAGUAGUUUGUAAAUGGCAUUUGCUUAAACUUGCAUCUUAUUUAAUAUUAUACAAAAUUUCAGUGGCGGAA